GGACCCCCGGUUCUCCGGCGCGCUCUCCCUCCACCCUCUCUCUCCCCCUCUGCCCUCGCCGCCGCUACCGCUUCGGCUUUCCGUGAUGGCAACGGAGCCACAGUCCCCGCUUCGGCUCGAGGCGCCAGGCACCCCAGAUGUGCGGACCCCACCGGCGAGCGAGGCGGACUCCGAGAGCACCCCGAAACCAGCGGGCGGCACGCUCCGCUUCCUCAACGGCUGCGUGCCCCUCUCGCAUCAGGUGGCCGGGCACAUGUACGGGAAGGACAAAAUGGGUAUCUUGCAACAUCCAGAUGGCACAGUUUUGAAGCUACAGCCACCUCCAAGGGGCCCAAGAGAGUUACAAUUCUAUAAUAUGGUUUAUGCUGCUGAUUGUACCGAUGGUGUUCUUUUAGAGCUACGAAAAUAUUUGCCAAAAUAUUACGGCAUCUGGUCACCUCCCACUGCACCAAAUGAUUUAUACCUAAAACUGGAAGAUGUGACCCAUAAAUUUAAUAAGCCCUGUAUAAUGGAUGUAAAGAUAGGGCGAAAAAGCUAUGAUCCUUUUGCCUCAUCUGAGAAGAUUUAGCAACAGGUCAGCAAGUACCCGUUAAUGGAAGAGAUUGGGUUCUUGGUGCUUGGCAUGAGGGUUUAUCAUGUUCAUUCUGAUAGCUAUGAGACACAAAACCAGCACUAUGGAAGAAGCUUAACAAAAGAAACUCUAAAGGAAGGAGUUUCCAGGUUUUUUCAUAAUGGAUUCUGCUUAAGAAAAGAUACUGUUGCUGCCAGUAUUCAGAAGAUUGACAGAAUUCUGCAGUGGUUUGAAAGCCAGAAGCAGCUUAACUUUUAUGCAAGUUCAUUACUGUUUGUUUAUGAAGGUUCAUCUCAUCCAACUACUACAAAAUCAAAUGACAGAACUUUGGCAGAAAAGUUUUUGUCCAAAGGACUACUCUCGGACACAGACGUACUGGAGUAUAAUAAUAACUUUUGAGUGUUAAGUUCCACAACAAAUGGAAAAAUAGAGGUUUCAGUAGGCAAAAGCUUGUCCAAGAUGGAUGCUCGUCACAGAAAAAUGUAUUCAAGAAAGCAUCACAGUCAGACUUCAUUGAAAGUUGAAAAUAUAGAGCAAGACAAUGGGUGGAAAAGCUUGUCACAGGAACAUUUAAAUGGAAAUGUACUUUCCCAACUGGAAAAAGUUUUCUACCAUCUUCCCACUGGUUGCCAAGAGAUUGCGGAAGUAGAAGUGCGAAUGAUAGAUUUUGCUCAUGUUUUCCCUAGCAACACAAUGGAUGAGGGAUAUGUUUAUGGACUGAAGAAUUUAAUUACUGUACUUCAGAGUAUUUUGGACAAUUGAAUCCUUUGCUGCAGUCUUUUUAAGGGGUGGGGCAAUCAUUGUGAAGACAGCAGUCAGUAUCUCUGCACUUGUAAUGCUAUGUAAACAAUUUGUAUUGUGAGUCGGCAUUUUAUUUGUCUUUACACUUUUGGUAGAAGGGUUAACUUUUUUAUAAUCUUACUCAGGAAAACUAAUUAUUUGUUCAUUAGAAAACUAUGAAGAAUAAAGAAACUUUGGAAUGUUAA